AUGCACUGUUAUUCCUGUCUCACCAGGCUUACACAAUACAUCUUACUUACUAUCAGCUUCAACAUAUUGACUUUUGAAUCUUUCGUUCUCCCCAGCGCUUUGGAUCUAGGUAGCUCUAGCGAUGAUGAUGACGACAACCACGACGCUCUCAAUCUUUCUGUACACUUAUCGACACGCAAACCCACUGAGAAACGCCAGCGUAAUGUGUUUGGUCCAGAUGGCACCCCUGCGCGCCUGGGGAAGUUCAGCAACGCCACCACCCCGGCGAAACGGAGAGAACAGAGACAGCAGGCAAUGGAAAUGUGUGACAACGAUGUCAACAUGGCUACUAGUGAGGUGGUGAAGCUGUAUCAGAAGAGUAUCCAGCUAUGUACAUCAAAUAAAAUCAACUCCACCAAUGCGUGGGAAUUGGGUCUGAUAGACCAUAUCGAGAGGGCAAUUGAUCCGUCCAACACGGGAGAGAUUAACUUCCAGCGUGCCGGUAGUGCCAUUGAUGCCAGUUGCAAGAUCUUCUCUGCGCGUGUGGAUAAUGUCCAUAGGAAGGUUUAUAAGGUAUUGGAUGAUCUCACCCGCAACCGCAACAGCCGUAAGGAAAAAGAUGGCGACGACAUGGACGGGGACCCAACUAAGCUAAAGCGAAAAGCUCGCUCGGGUGUGACUAUUGAGAAGAAUUUGUCCAAAAUCACGCUGGACGUCUUCGAUACUGAGGUCGAUCCCAUGUUCCGUCAAACCUCUGCCAACUUCGACGAGGGCGGUGCGCGUGGUCUGUUGCUGAACAACCUGUAUCUCAAAGCGGGCGGUGAGUUGGUGUUUGACCUAUCGUCCGCACGCGUCAAUGUGCCGAGUCUCCUUCCAGAACACGAAACGGACGGUCCUGAACCCAAAGAUUUGAGUGACCUGCCCACCCCAGAGGAGCUGUCUAAUGUGGAUUGGGAGGACUACAGAAACAGGAUGAUCCCGCGCGUCUGUGCGCUGGAAAACGCGUCCAUCUGCCAAAGUCUGUCGAUGUUCAGCUUUAACGAGAGCGCCAUAAAGACGGAGUUAGACUUCGGGGUCAAUCUGAACGAUCAGACCUUUAAUAUGGAAGACCUAAACCUCAACAUGGACGAAGGCCCCGGACAGGAGGACGGCCCCGAAUUGGGCGGCAACGACGACUUCGGUGCAUACGAUGACAUGCCUAACAUGUGGGAACCUGAGAAAACUGAGUAA